AUGGCCAUUGUUCCUUAUAUUGCACCGAUAGAUGUCAAGCAGGCCAAUGAGUCCGACCGUGAGACUUGUAGCAGGGCCGCAGAUUCAUCGAUCGUACGUGGUGUAAUGGCACGUAAGGAUCGGAAGAGAAAGAAGAAGCCUGAAUUUGUGACACUUGUGUCGACACCGCGAAUUAAGAAAGCCAGAAAAUCAUGGAGGGCGAAAGGAAAGUUAGCGGCCGACGUCAAUAAUGAGCAGGAACUAUUUGUUGUCGGCGACGAUGGAGACUUGGAUGCUACGCUAUUGUGGAAAGGGGACACUGUAUGGCAGCAGGGCGUGGUGUCUGUCUCGUCUGAUGCCGUUUUAGAACUACUGUUUGACGAAGCUGUGAAAGGCGAAGUCAUCGACGCGUACCUACAUCAUCUAUGCAGCAAUGAAUAUCAGCUCCAACACAAUCCGCAGGUGCGGUGUGGUUGUGUGCCAUGGUUCGUAGCUAAAGCCGUGAACGACGCGCUAUCACGACCAAACAGGGGAGCGAAAAAGCCGAUCAUCAAUAGGGGUAAUGUGCUCGCGUUUUCCAACUCGCUACAAGUGACCGUAGGCCAAGAGAUCGUCGGAAUCAUGGACAAAAUCCGGUCUGGGUGCCGGUACAUAUUUCUACCCGUACACACCCGGUUCCACUGGCAUCUCUGCAUAUUGGAUACCGUCAAACGCGUUGUGUUGGAAUGUAACUCAAUGCGCAACCCCUUCGGCCAGGGGAAUGCAAAGAAAUUGACGCGAUUUUUAUCGUUGUACAUGAACGCGUCACGACUAUGGCCUAUGGUCAGCGACACGCCCGAGUACAUUAGAUGCCGACACCAGGGUGAAACGCUGGCCUGUGGACCUUUAGUCUGCAUGUUCGCAGAGUGUUAUGCGCGGGCAGGUCCAGAUGUCAAUGUCGUGGGCGUCCUCGGCGAGGACUUCGGUGAUGUCAAGAGCUACCGAUACAUGAUUGCGGCGAGGAUAUUGAAAGGUCCCCCCUCUGAAACGUAGACCCCGAUGGAACAAUAUCCAACCCCUGAUGGAAUUGGUAAAUGUCUUUUAUGUGGAUUGAUUUGUCAUCUUCAUUAUAUACCUGCGUUGUGUGGUGAUACCCGUUGAUAGCUUUUAUGUGCCUACGUUAAACUAGUAUGUACUUCCAUUUAUAUAUUACAUGCUCAAGUCACUUGCGUU